GCUCCGCGCCGAGCUCCCGACCGCGCGAGCUUUAGCAGCAGGUCCCGGACGGCCGCUCUGCGUCUCGCCUGGCUGGGACGCGCUCCGACGGCGCCCGGAGCCGCCCGCCGACGCCGCCUCUCCGAAGCCGGCCAACGCGCGCCAGCCCUCGCCCAUAGCCCCGCGUCCGAGCCCGCCCGGGGGUGGGUGGGCCGGGCCCAAGGCAGCCGCGCCGAGGCAGGAUGUUCACGUCCAAGUCCAACUCGGUGUCACCCUCGCCGUCCCUGGAGCAGACUGACUCGGAUGCACUGGACAUUAGCACCAAAGUGCAGCUCUACGGUGUGCUGUGGAAGCGGCCCUUCGGGAGGCCGUCAGCCAAGUGGUCCCGGAGGUUUUUCAUCAUCAAAGAAAGCUUCCUUCUUUACUAUUCUGAGAGUGAAAAAAAGAACUUUGAAACUAAUAAAUACUUCAAUAUCCAUCCUAAGGGUGUCAUCCCUCUUGGGGGCUGCCUGGUAGAGGCCAAGGAAGAGCCCAGCAUGCCCUAUGCCAUGAAAAUCUCCCACCAGGACUUCCAUGGCAAUAUCUUGCUGGCUGCCGAGUCCGAGUUUGAGCAGACGCAGUGGCUGGAGAUGCUGCAGGAGUCUGGGAAGGUGACUUGGAAGAAUGCCCAGUUGGGAGAAGCCAUGAUCAAAAGCCUGGAGGCCCAGGGGCUGCAGUUGGCCAAGGAGAAGCAGGAGUAUUUAGACAAACUGAUGGAAGAGACUGAAGAACUGUGCCUUCAGAGGGAGCAGAGAGAGGAGCUUGAGCGCCUCAACCAGGUGCUGGAGGCCGAGAAGCAGCAGUUUGAGGAGGUGGUGCAGGAGCUGAAAACGGAGCAGGAACAGAUCAGGAGAGAGCUAGAACUGACUGCAAGAUGCCUCAAGGGUGUGGAGCAAGAGAAAAGGGAGCUGAGACACUUUACGGAGUCCCUGCAGCAGACACUGGAGGAACUCUCCAUAGAGAAGAAGAAAACCUUGGAAAUGCUGGAGGAAAAUGAGAACCAGCUGCAGACACUGGCCAAUCCGAGUGAGCAGCCCUCUCCCAGCGGGGGUCUCCAUAGCAACCUCAGGCAGAUUGAGGAGAAGAUGCAGCAGCUCUUGGAGGAGAAGCUUCUGGCGGAGAAGCGGAUGAAGGAGAAUGAGGAGCGCUCUCGGGCCCUGGAGGAGGAGCGUGAGUUCUACUCAAGCCAGUCCCAGGCGCUGCAGAACUCGCUGCAGGAGCUGACGGCAGAGAAGCAGCAGGCCGAGCGGGAGCUCAAGGCUGAGGUGAAGGUCCGCAUGGACCUAGAAAGGCGUCUGCGGGAGGCAGAGGGGGCCUUGCGGAGCCUGGAACAGGGGCUCAACUCCAAGGUGCGGAACAAGGAGAAGGAGGAGAGGAUGCGUGCUGAUGUGAGCCAUCUGAAAACCGCCCCUGGAUCUUUGGGAAGGGUGGGGCAGGGCAGGAGGGAAGGGUGCAGUGGCACUGCGGCCGCAGAGUUCUUCGAGGAGUGCAUCCGGAACGCUGAGCUGGAGGCCAAGAUGCCGGUCAUCAUGAAGAACUCCGUGUACAUUCACAAGGCGGCCACGCGCCGCAUCAAGAGCUGCCGCUUCCACCGGCGCCGGUCCAGCACCUCCUGGAAUGACAUGAAGCCAUCCCAGUCCUUCAUGACCUCCCAGCUGGAUGCCAACAACAUGGAGGAGCUAAAGGAAGUGGCCAGGCGGCUCAGCCGAGACCAGCGCUUCCGAGAAUCCAUCUACCACAUAAUGGCCACGCAGCCCAGGGCCCCGUCUGCGUUUCCCCGGGGCGGAAAGUGAUGGGCGCCUCUCCCCUGCCUGCCAAGCCUUUCCUCCUGGUGGGGGUGAGGCACGGGGAGGACCGGGUGGGGUUCUGGCUCUGCUCCUCUCUCCUAGACUGGAAUGCCACCUGCGGGCCAGCCUCAACCUCAAAGGGCAGGAAUGCCACCUCCCUCACCCCCAGCCAGACCAUACCCAUUGGGAGCUUCAAUAGGCAGACAUAGGCAAGCUGGGUGCUUGCUGCCUGGUUCUCCCUGGCUGUAUGUGGAGACUUUUUUUGGUUGGGGAGUGGACAGGCCCACAGCUCUCUCUUGCGCCCACUCCACUGUAUGUCUCUGACCCUGCCUUCCUGUCCCGUCCUCCUGUAUAAAGGCCUCCUAUCCCCACCUUAACACCUGCUCACCCUGCGGUUUUCUAACCUUCUCUUACCUUCUGAGACCCAGAGACACCGCUCAGCCAAGGCCGCUCACUUGUACCACGUCAUAGGAUAGGGAGGAAAAAGAGACCCAGCUCAGCUGCUUGUGGCAUGUGGCACACCACGCUUGCUGUCCCCUCUCCUCGAGUUUGGCCCUGGCUGUGGGACUGCUCACUUGAUCCCCCCUCCGCUGAGCACACCCACUCGCAGUCUUAGCACCCUAGAAGGUGAUGAGACCCCCCCACCCCCCCAUGCACUGCAUUCCUCCUCAUAUGUACCUAGGGCCUUGGGCCCUGGCUGGGAGCUGGGGCCAGCAGCCGCAACUCCCAGGGCUCUCCCAGAGGACAGGUAGCAAGCUCAGGCUCCUGCAUUAUCUGCUGCUGUUCGGCCAUCUACUCCUGCCUCUGGCUCUGGUGGCCCCACUGGUCCCAUGGGAUCACAGGUUUCUCCUCAGCUCUGCCUGCUACAGUACCCUUAUCACCUCCCUCCCUGCAGCGGUUUUACCCAGUGAAACAAUGUAACCAGGAACCCUGGAAGAUGGGGGUCUGGACCUGUGAUAAGGCCAGUAGCCACUGGUUGGCCCCAUGUACCCUCACCACUGCCCAAGGUGGUCUGUGGGUAUGUGUUUCUCACCAGAGGACAGUCACUCUUCUCCUAGGCCCACCCUUCCAAGCUGCCUGAGUCUGUUGGUCUCUUUGGAAAAGGGAUUUUUCUUUUUACCUGGGAUCCCUGGUGUCUCUGGGUCCUCAGGGUCACUGGUGGUAUUAAAGGUGCUGAUUCUUUGCUGCUUCAAAAACACAGUAAGGAGCCUAAUCUGAGUGGUUAGGCUGCAGGCCCCCCUACCUAUUCUGUGGGAAGGAGAGUGUCACUGACUCAACACAGGCAUGUCCACUGCUUGGCCAGCCAAGGCCAGGAAGGUAUGCCUUGCUCGGGGCUGCCUGGUGAAACUACUCAAAGAUGGCUUCAGCCAGGCUCUGCAGAGUCUAGGAAGGCACAGGAGUGGAGACACUUCAGAAUCAAUACAUCUGAAUGGGACAAGUCUAAAUAUAAAAGCUUUAAUAUGUAUAAACCUGGAACUCAUUUAUCUAACCUGUAUAUAGGAUGAACUUUGAAAUGAGGAGGAAGAUUUAUAAAAUCAAGGUUACUGUUUUAUUUUUGUUUGUUUUUAAGGAAUUUGAUUUCUUGUGGUUUGCACUUGGAGAAAGAUCUUUUGGAAAUUUUCAAAUGCAUUUUUUCCCCUGGGCAAGCUAUUAACCAGAAAGAAAAGUGCUUUUCCAUGAAGUUCACCAAUCCCUACUUCCUUUCCUCCUAUUUCACCCUGUACUUUCCAUGCCUCAGGCAAGUCUGGGUUUUCAACCAUCUGAUCAAUCCUUAUGUAUUUAUUUGUUAAAAACUCACUAUAUACCUAGCAUUGUAAAUAGAAAAAGAGCAACAUAUCUGUAUGAAUGAGAAUGUGUAGGGGUGGGAAUUGCAUACUGGAAAUAUAUUGAUCUGAUUUUUUUUUUUAAAACAAAGCCCUUAUUCCUUGGCCCAUUAAAUGUGUUUCCUGCAGUAUUGCUUGGCGUGUGGUCAUUGCUAAAGAGAUGUUGCCCCCUGCAGGCCAAGUGUAGAAUUAACGCAUUC